AUGUUCGCCAGAAGCGCAACGUUGCCGGCGCGUGGCGGGGCGGAAUACGUCUGCCUGGCCUGUCGACAUCAGCGAAUCCUCAACGCAAGGCAGAAAUCCGCGCGACGAUGGAACAGCCAGCACAAAGCAGCAUCGACGGAAGCAGCAUCCACAACCGAAAUCGACGAAGACUUUCUCCUGCCUUUGAAUGAUUUAUCCGAGGGAUAUGGCGAUAAAAAGGAAGAGCCGGUCAAGAGCAAAGGCGAGAGGAAACACGAGCGUUCCAUCCAUGAACAUCGACCCCAAUUCUCUCUCAUCCCCGGUAGAGCACAGCAGACACGCAAAGCACGGUUGGAGGAGAAGGAGAGGAGAGAGACAUUGGCGGAAUCUACAUCAUCGGAAUGGAGGGGACCUAAGGAUGUCCAUGGCCUGUUGCAGAUGCUGGACCAGGAAAACACGACCGACCCUCGCCCCACCCUUCCCACACAUAAUGCUCAAGCGAUGACAACUUCGCCGAGUAAACAUGAUCGAAACGCGGCGGGCCUGCCACCAACAACAUCUGCCACCCGCAAUGCUGAUCUCCAAGCCCUGUGGGAUUCAUUGGGACCGGGGAUAAGAGCAGAAAUCGACGACAUGGCAGCCGAGCGUCAUGGGGUGGAUCAGGAAGCACAGUAUGAUGAGGACCAUGAAGCACAGUAUGAUGAGGAUCAUGAAGCACAGUAUGAUGAGGAUAAUGAAGCACAGUAUGAUGAAUAUCUCGAAAAGUCGGCAGCUAUACCYGUUCCCGAACCGGAGAUCAAGUCCAAGGAACCUGUUCCCUUUCCGACCUUUUCCUCUCCAGAGCCUAUCAAGACAUCUACAUCUACAUCUGCAUCUACAUCUGCAUCUGCACCUGCGCCCUCCAAAGGCUUCUUCUCCUCGACCAUCAAAUACUUCAAGGAAAGCUUUGGCAUUUCGAAGCCGUCAGAGUCACAACCCGAGGAGACACAAACAAUGAAGAACGCUGCGGACGUUCCCAAGCCCAAGGCGAGAAAUAGCUCUACUGUGGAGAGUACAUUUGCUUCCCUCAAAUUGCCGAGCAAUGUCUCCACACCGAAGAGUCCCGUGGAAAGAUAUGAAGAGUCUAGCAAACGCUCGCCUUGGGGUGACAAUCCUUCAACAUCUGCUCCUCCUGAUGAGAGAGUUGCAUCAUUUGAUGAAAUGGCCUCUGCAGAUCGCGUGUCGGUGAAGAGGCCCAUCACCACGAGUUUCAGUGCGAGACCGUAUGGGGGUCAAACUACACCCACGAUUGCUGAUCUGCGAGGAAAGUUGGCUCAAAAUCUGUCCGAAAAGAAUGAAUCGUCAUCCAGUGUGAAGACAGUCACUCCAUCCAGUGCAGAGAAAGUCACUCCAGAGCAAGUCACUCCAGAGCAAGCCAAAUCAUCCCCACCAGAGGAAGCAACCCCAGCACACUCUCGUUUAUCAGACUUGUAUGCCACGAAAAAUCACCCCGAAGACACCCACGAUUUGGCAUACUUGAGAAGGCAACAUAGACAAGAGCAAAUGCAAGAACGAGCGCAGCAGAAUGUCAAAGAAACCUCCUCCGACAUGGCACUUGCAUCCUCGGAUGUUGAGGGACGUCCGGUCAAGGCCAAGUCGCGACGCACACGGAAUUCAAAUCCGAAUUCAAAUGUCAGUAUCAGGCCGUCGCGUCGGGAUGUCGGAUUGCGUGUACCCGUCGAUGCCUCGAUUAGUGAGAUGGUUGGCAUUUCACUGGGUGCUGCCAUGCGUGGUGGAGACAAGAAUAGACAUGCUGCAGUUGAUGGGAAGAGGAAAGUUGGCAGGCCUACCUCGCAAUCCAAGUCGGAUGUUGAGGCCACCUCACAAUCCAAGUCGAAUGUUGAGGCCAAGUCGAAUGUUGAGGCCAAGUCGGAUGUUGAGGCCACCUUUGUCGAAAGUAAAGAAGUCUCACCCUCAGUCGAGGAACCCUCAUCCUCACCCAACGAGCGCUUUCAAACAUCAACACCAUCCCAGCUUCACAUCACUCCUCUGGAUAUUCCUCAACCACCAGUUCCAUACUUACAAUACGGCCUGGAUCGUGUUCUCUUCAACCCUGGUGUAUAUCAACUUCAAGACCAGACCUCCCGCGUCUACRACUUUGACCCAUAUCUGCAAAAUAUCAUGCCGAAUGUGGAAUUCGACUUUGAUUCAUUAAAAGAGUACAAGACAUCUUCCAAAGAUGAGGCUUUGGCUGCGAUUGCAAAGAAACACGGCAACAAGUAUAUUGGAUCCACAUCCAGUAUGACCAGUGCGUUGGGUCAUUUCCACUACCUUCUCUCCAAUUGGCGUCCCCUCAACUUUGGCAUGCUUUCGAAUGACUUUGUGGGGAAGAGUUCGAAAGCUUUACCCGAUCAGCUCACGCAGAUUAAUAGAGCUCCCACCGCAAUCUUCCUUCGAUGGAAGAAUGGCACGUAUGCGAUUGAUGCUGACAAGGAGCACGACAGUGCCAAUGUCUUGAUGUUAUUGGGGAAAUCCAUGGAACUUCUCCUCACCCUCCCCAAAUCCGACUUUGAGCGCUAUCGCAAGAGUGAUCCUCGAAAGGUUUCCGAAGAGCAACGCACCGCACCUGAAGCAUAUCAAUACACGACCAUGCGUGAUUUCCUCAUGCGAUCGCAGCUCGAUGCUUAUGAUCCCCGACUUCCAGGUAAUGGCACCUUUGACCUCAAAACUCGUGCUGUUGUGUCCGUCCGAAUGGCCGCCGACGAUCAUGAGUCCAUGACGGGGUAUGAGAUUUAUGCUCAGCAAGGAAAGUGGGGCAGCUAUGAAAAGGAAUACUUUGACAUGAUGCGCUCCACCAUGUUGAAGUAUAUGCUUCAAGCACGGAUGGGGAGAAUGACGGGUAUCUUUGUUGCAUACCAUAAUGUGGAACGCAUGUUUGGGUUUCAAUACCUUCCCAUUGCAGAUAUGGAUCGCGCGUUGCAUGGACAGACCGAUCCUUGUUUGGGAGAUCAAGAAUUCCGGGCGAGUUUGGAUAUGAUGAAUGAGGUGUUGAAUGCUGCUACCAAGAAGUUCCCAGAGCAGAGUUUGAGGAUUCAUUUCGAGACGCAAGAGGCGGAGAAGGGGAGGGGGGAUGAGGGAAUGCCGGUUGCUUUGCAUGUAUUUGCCGAGCCCAUGACUGAGGAGGAUUGUGAUCGAAUUCAGAAUUCUCAAAAGGCAAAGAUUGCCGAGURGGAGAGGACGGUGAUGGGGAAGGAUGUUGCUGAGGAUGGUGUCGAGGAUGGUGUUGAGGAUGGUGUUGAGGAUGGGGCUGUUGUUGAAGAAGUGGUGGAUGACGCACAAGAUGAAGCAACCGCCCAUUCCCCCGAGGAAGAUGUUCCACCCACCGACAAGAGCACCUCCAACGCCGACCCGAAAUUCCUGAACGCUUUGGAGACAUCCGUGGGAGAUUCUUCCGGAGGGCAACUCUCCCCUCUCUUCUACGCCACCAUCAUCGCUCAAUCCUCUGUCAACGGUAACGUCGUCGACCGGCCCCAGAAUCUUCAAUCGAGAGAUGAAUGGACGAUUGAUUACAUUUUGAAAGAAUACGAUGCGGGAAGGAAACAGUGGGCCAUGUAUGAGGAUCUCAAGGCUAGGAGGAAGUUGGCAUAUGUGAGGGAUGAGGAGGAAGAGGGCGUGGCCAAGGAGGGGAAUGGGUAUAUCAAGUUCUUGAAGACUAUGAGUGAUAAGGGGAGGGCGUUGAGGAAGGCCAAGGAUGAUCGGGAGGAAGGGUUGCCGGUUUUGAGGGUCGAGGAGCUUGAUGUUGAGAGGUUGGAGAAGGUGGAGAGUGUGGAUGAUUAUAUGCGCUUUUUGGAGAAGAGAUGA